AUGUUUAGCGCAGUGGGUAACUGGAUCCGAGGAUCCCAUAAGGAUAAGGACUUCGUGACGAAGUAUACAGCAGAUCUCUCGCAAAUAACCYCACGAAUCCAUCAACUAGAUGCUGCACUGAAAAAAAGCCAAACGAUCUUGGGUCAAUGGCAAUCCAAUCUAACCUUCUACGGAGCCGCUUUCACGGUAUUGGCUUUGAGCUACACUUAUUGGGAGUACCAUGGCUACUGGCCGUACCUCGUAGUGACUUUGUUUCUAUGCCUAGGUUCACUGAUCCUGGUGAAAUGGAUGCUAACCAAACUCUAUGCAUUAUACAACAACAACAGAUUGCGCAAGUUGAGUAAACUACGUGCCGUCCAUCAAAAGAAGCUGGAAAAGUUGAAAGAAGAGACCCAUUACAACGCCACGAGCUCGAUUAUUCAACGAUUUUCAUCGGGAGACGACCAAAAUGACGAUGCCAUGGUUCUCCUAGAUGACGAGUUGAACGCUAAAUACCAAGAACUAAAUAACCUGAAAACAGAAUUGGAAAAAUUCAAGAAGCAAAGCCAUGUGGAGGGCUUGAAAAAGGAGGACAGUGACGCCUGGUUUGACAAAAUCAUCGGCCUGAUAGCAGGUGGUAACGAAUUGAGCUCAACAAAUUCACUAUCUCCCUUCAAAAAAAUCGUAUGCCCCGAAUGCCAUUGGAAAUCUAGCUGCUACAGAUUAGCUGACAGACCAAUUCUCUUUGUAUGCCCUCAAUGCAACCACAGAGCAGACGAGGAAAAGGAAAGACACGCUAUCAUCGAAGCCAAGCAGGCCAAGCAAGAUGCACAGCCUGCACUCCCCGAGAAGGACAAAGAAAGUGAUUUGCAUUAG